GAAAGCACUGGAAACAGUAUAGUGGGGGGAGAGGUGAAUGACCUCUGGAUCCUCCAGACACUGUGUCGCCGGUCUCCAGUCUCACGCAGAAAACUGAUUACACAACCCCCUUGUCUAGAGUCUUGAGCAGCAGGUACGAAGAUGGAAGAAUUAACAAAUCGCGGCAUGAGUGUUGCGCCUGUUGGCGCGGGAGCUACAAUCUUCAUGGACAAUUUGGACCCAGAUUUUAUCACAGAACUCUUGAGCCAGCCUAUUUACGUCGUCUCCUCGCAGCCAGACGAAAAGCAGGAGCAACAGUUGGCAUCCAGUGGUGAUACCCAAAUCGCCGUCGACGCCAUUCCCGAUGUGGACGAAUUUGUCGUGCGGAAAAAGAGCAGCCCCAAGGGCGCCAAGAAAGCUCACAAGAGAGUGUUUGUGAACAAGAAGAAAACUAGCAGAACAGCGCGGCGGGCGAGCUCGGCUAGUUCUUCGUUGAGUGACGACUCAAUGCUCAACUCAAGUUCACCGUCGCCGCAGAGCGUUCAAAAAAAGAGUGCCAUUUCCUCUGAUGAACGUCUGAAGAACACUACCGUCUGUCGCUUCCAGUGCAAAGUGUGCGGCUUGACGCGCUUCUUGGUGCUGCGUGGCCUUCUACCCCAACGAGUGUGCGAGUGCUCCUCUUCGGCAGUCUUCGUGCCUUGCUGGGUUCGAACCGGGUCCUCCAGCAGCGGCGGCGGCCUCGGCCGAGAGUGCGUGCACUGCCCUCGCUGCUCUCACUUCUACUCCAGCAGCUCGCACCUCCGCAGACACAAAUGCGUCAAACAGCACCGUGCCCAGCAGACCGAGGCAAUUGGACUGACAGGAGUUUUCGAGAUGCCCUGCUGCCCGCAUUGCAACGAGUGCUUCAUCUUCGACAGCCAGCUCGCCACCCACAAGAGACGGGAGCACCGCGGCGAAACUCAAUAAUUCCCAUUCCGCAUUCACGCAGUCUCCGAUCCAUUGUUGGAGCUCGCUCGUCUGUGCUAAUGUUCAAAAUGUGGAAAUACACACAAAUACAAACAUUGA